AUGUCGGUUCUUACUAUAAUAAUAACUUUGUUUUGUUUAUUAUUAAUUUUAUAUUGGAUAUCGACAAGAAAAUUCAAUUAUUGGCUAUCAAGAAACGUUAUUCAACCUGCACCACUGCCCCUGUUUGGUAAUUAUAUCGAUUAUAUUAUUUUAAGAAAGUCAAUUCAUGAAGUUGUUAGGGAUGUUUGUGUGAAAUUUCCUAAAGAACCUUAUAUAGGAGUGUACUAUGGUACAUUACCAACCUUAAUUGUUCAAGAACCAGAACUGAUCAAACAGAUUUUUACAAAAGACUUCUACUAUUUCAAUGGCCGCGAGGCAAGUGAAUAUAGUCAUAGAGAAGCGAUUACAAAAACCUUGUUUUUCACAAGCGGAGAUAGAUGGAGAGUUAUCAGACAGAAUCUGACACCGCUCUUCUCUUCAGCGAAAAUGAAGAAGAUGUUCUACUUAAUAGAAGAAUGCUCUAAUAUAUUUUUGAAGUUACUGGACGACGUAUCAGAAAUACCAAGUGUCGAGAUCAAAGCUUUGGUAGCACGGUACACAAUUGACUGCAUCGGAUCUUGUGGCUUUGGGAUCCAGACAAAAGCUAUGUUAGUUGAAAAGAAUAAUCCUUUCUUUGUGAUUGGGCAGAUGAUCUUCGAGGCGUCCAAUGUAAGAGGUUUUAAAAAUAUGGCACGCGCUGUAUGGCCAGAUUUAUUCUACAAACUAGGAUUUGAAUUAUUCCCUUCAGAACUCACGGAGUUCUUCGAUAAAUUGCUUAAAGACGUCUUUAAAGAGAGAAAUUACAAGGACUCUGGGAGACAUGAUUUCGUCGAUUUGGUCCUGAGUUUAAAACAAAAUAAACAUUUAGAUGGUGAUAGUAUUAAGAACUUGAAGGGAGGAACGGAGAAGUGUCUCAUAGAAGCAGACAAUGACUUCUUAAGUGCACAAUGUAUGUUAUUUUUCGCAGCGGGAUAUGAAACAUCCGCUACUACACUUAGUUUUUUGUUGUAUGAGCUGGCAAAAAAUUCAGAUAAACAAAGACGGGCGAUUGCAGAAGUUGACGAAUAUUUUAAGCGGCGAAAUAAAGUGGAAUACGAAUGUAUGUUUGAAACACCGUAUUUAGAAGCCUGCAUCAAUGAGACUUUGAGGCUUUACCCAGUUCUUGGUGUUCUUACAAGAGAAGUGGUGGAAGAUUUUAAACUACCUUCAGGUGUUUUAUUAAAUAAAGGAGUUCGUAUUCAUAUACCAGUGUAUUCCAUACACAGGGAUCCUAAGUAUUUCCCUAACCCAGAUGACUUUAUACCGGAAAGGUUUUUAGGCAAUGAAAAGGACAAUAUAAUACCGUUUACUUUUCUGCCGUUUGGAGAAGGGCCGAGAAUUUGUAUUGGAAUGAGAUUUGCAAAAAUGCAGGUGACAACUGGGUUAUUAACGAUCCUAAGGAAGUGUCAUAUCGGAUUGACUAAAGAUACAAUUACUAAAGUCGAUUUUGAACCACGCGCAAUAACAACACAGUGCGCUAAAGGGAUCCACUUGAAGUUUACACUCAGGUCAUAA